UCUCUUGAUCCGGCAUGAGGCGUAUGUAGCCGAUACUGAACAAGAACGUCGCCAAAUGUCCGCGAAAAUCGAGCAGAUGGAGCGACAGAAGGCGGAGCUGGAAGCGCAAAACGCUCGAACCAUCGACGAGAACCGUACCCUGUUGGACCAGCUGGAAGACCUCAAUGGGGCGACGCUCGACUCCGAUUCAACGAUCCAAUCCCUCACCGGCGCUCUCGAAUCAACCCAAGAGGAACUUCGUCGCGUAUCGAUUCUUGCGUCGCGGGCGGAGACCUUGGAGCGGCAGCUUUCGCAUCUGGAGAAGGACCAGGCGCAAAUCCAAGGGACCUUGGUGACCACCGCGACGGAGGAACGGACGGCGAUCCAGCGAUGGCGGAACGCAGAGAAGACCAUAUCGCUUCUUCAAGAUCAAAUCGAGCAGAUCGAGAAAGAAGCGCGAGAGGAGCGGGAGAGGCAUGCAGAAGUUAUUUCACGUACGGAGGGACGUAUUGCCGUUGAGAGCGCUUUGGACACCACGGUUCGGAAAGUCAGAGGCACAGCGGCAGCGAAAGGCACCGAGACAGGGGAGAACAGGAUCGUGUCCAACUUCGUGCGCGAUAUUCUCCAGGACAAUGCCAAUCUCCAGGUUGGAAUCGUGGAGUUACGCGAUAUGCUCACCAAUUCCAAUGAAGAGGUGGAGCGAUUACGAGAACAGUUCAUCGCACACCAACCCGUCGAAAUCGAUACAAUCUCAUCUCCCACCCUUGAGAGGGAGCUUGGGGAUCACGAACCGGUUGGUCCACGAGAGGUCCACGUACACCAUCACUACCAUGCCGCGCCGGAAGCAAGUCCCAGGCUGAAAGUUCCUGUUCAACGACGCGGAAAGAAAAGGCGCUCUCUCGGACAAGAAGGACAACAUUCCGCACGAUCGUCCAUAUCGCGCAUUGCUCCUAUCGCGCCAACGUCUACCACGGCAAUCCUCUCGCAAACUUCAGUCACGAUCCCCCAUCAGCGUCCACCGAGAUGGUCCCUUCAAUCUACAGCCGGCGUUUCCAUCGCAUCCUCUCUGCCCAGCUCGCCUUACGCCCAUUCUCGGCGGACAUCGUCUGUGUUCGACCGCGUCUUCAGCGAUGUGCCGAUGGACUCUUCGCGCCCUACGAGCCCGGAGAGCAAUGCGGCGGGCUCACCACUGCUAACCUCAAUCGAUGACAGCAAUUGGCAGAGACCCCUUGGUGUGAUUCGAUCUAUGGAGACCCUUAACACAGGCGAUGAACCCGGCAUGUCCACUCCGACGAAGGCGCGCCCAAGUCAAGAGAUCACGGCAGCAUCGCCCGUAGCCGGGCACUUCGCGCCGGACGCAAGCGCCUUGUCUCCUCGAUCAUUCAGCGCAUUCCCACCGGAAAUGACCAUCUUCGAAGAAGGCUCCGAAACCACCCCUCAACCCACCAACUCCGAUUCUGCCGACAUCUUCGCCCCCCGUCUCCGCCGUGCCGCUUCCCAUGACUCCAUUCUUUCCCUCGCUCUCGAUUCCGACUCCCUACAACCCACGCGAGGCCGACCAACCCACCAACCCUCCCUCUUCCCCAGCCACUCCCCCAAUACCCCGACUUUCUAUUCCACGCCCACAAUCGCCACCCCCUCGUCCGCCAUCCCCUCCCGCCCCAUCUUCACCGCCGCCACCACCCUCCGCACCAGCCUCUCCCGCAGCGACCUCACGAGCAGCUCCCUCACCCGCUCCCUUCUCCGCGCCACCUCCCCGCACCCCUCCAUCCCCUCCGCGCCCAACCUCUCCCCCACCCGCCGCUCUAUCAGCACCACCCGCAAACUCGGCGGCUGGGUCUGGGGCAACUGGGGCGUCGCCCCCACCCCCUCGAUGAUCUCCACGCAUCCGGUGGACCGGGGCGUCCCGUCACAGCAGCCGUCGUCGCAGAGCGGGGGAUCCGGCUCGCUGAAAGAGAGAAAGCCGAGACCGCGCCUGCCGGGGGUGAAUCAGGCGGGAUGGAUUCUGGGAUUUCAGCCGGAGCCGCCGGUGGCGUUUAACGUGGAGCCGGAGCGGGUGGAUUCGGAGGCGUUGGGGGAGGCGUUAGGGGGGGCGGCGGAAGGGACGAGGCGGAUGUAGCGAGGUGGUUAGGUUGUUGCGACGCUGUGGCAUCCACGCGCACUAGGCGCAUCUCCUUUGUCUUUGGGGGAUUGGGGGGGCUUUAGUUAGGGGUUCUUUCGCACGGAAAGGGGCGUCGUGAUACCCAAAUACCCAUUUCCUAUGUCCGGGGGUUGGAGUCCGUGGGAGGACUGGAUCGCAUCAGGCAUAUUUACAUAGGGUUUAGGGUUAGAGGGUCAUUCAAUCGUUACAGACAAAUUUAAUCAAGUAGAUUGUGCACUGUGCCCAAUCCGUCUAG